AUGGCGACGGCGGCGGAAAAGUCAACGAAAGAGCGGCUGCUGUCUGUCCUGGAUGAUUUAAGGGAGCUGAUUGAGAUGUUGGCUCUGUCCAGGAGUCAGAAACUGCCUCAGCCAGGAGAAGACAUCAGAGGCUUGUGCAAAAUCCUGGAGCUGCUCGUGCAGAGGGACAAAGAGUUCCAAGAGCUGAUGGAGGUGGCUCUGCAGCAGGGGAAGGUGCACCAGGAGAUGCAGCUGCUGGAGAAGGAGGUAGAGAAGAGAGACAGCGACAUCCAGCAGCUCCAGAAGCAGCUGAAGGAGGCCGAGCACAUCUUGGCCACUGCUGUGUACCAGGCCAAAGAAAAACUAAAAUCUAUCGAUAAAGCUCGUAAAGGAAGCAUCUCCUCGGAGGAGAUCAUUAAAUACGCUCACAGGAUCAGCGCCAGUAACGCCGUGUGUGCUCCUCUGAACUGGGUCCCAGGUGACCCUCGCAGACCCUACCCCACAGACCUGGAGAUGCGCAGCGGAAUGCUGGGUCACAUGGCCAACCUGCCGACCAAUGGCGUGAACGGACACCUGCCGGGUGACGCUCUGGCUGCGGGGAGGCUUCCAGACGUCCUGACGCCUCACUACCCCUGGCAGUCCUCGGAUGUCUCUGUGGGGAUGCUGCCUCCUCACCACGGCAACGACUUCGGCCUCGAACCCCCCGGUCACAACAAGGAGAACGAGGAUGACGUGGAGGCCAUGUCGACGGACUCCUCGAGCAGCAGCAGCGACUCCGACUGAGAGUGUGUUUAUGAGAGAGUGUGUUUGAGCGUGUGUGUGAGGUCACCACUAAGCGUCGGCUUUAAAACACCUUUACCUUCAGUCCUUUCUAACGCAGCUCUGUACAGGACUAAACUUAAAGGACCAGUCCGUCUUUUUCCCCUCAUGGUUUCCUGCGGCUCAGUCUUUGUGUGCUGCAGCUCGUCUCCUCUGCAGAAGCUCAUUCCUACAACGGAAAGAAAUGACUGUACAGAUAAAAAACAGAGGCUCUGGUCUUCUUUCAAACCGUCAUUUGUUCCUCUGAUGUCAGCCGAGGUCACAGUUUCACACUCUGGUUCACUAAAACAGUUUAUGAAGGCUAUGUGAGUGUGGACCGCUUACAUCAGCAUCAUGAGUUCUCUUCUGUGAGUCUCAUCCAGAGGAGGAGCAGGAUUUGUUCCAGACUGGGUUCUGGUUCUUGGCAGGGCUCAAGGAUCACGGUAGACCUGCAGUCAAAAUCAUUAUGAUCAUUAUAAUAAUGAAAGGAGUCAGCUCUCAGAAGCUCGACUUCCUGCAGGAUGAUAAUCUGGGUCAUACUUUGAGGAUUUUGUGCAGAAUCAGAGCUCCGCAUAGUCCAGUGUGAAAACAAGUCUGCAAAGUUUCUCCUGAUGAUAUGUGAAGCUUUUAAAGAUAAUAAUAGGCAAGAAGUUGAUUUACUUUCAUGCAGACGGUUUGAUUAGAGAAGAGAUACUUGUCAUAUGUUUGCAUUAAGUUUAAGUUAUCAGCACAAUGUCUGGAAACAUAAAUCGCUGCUCUGACUCUGAGCUUAAGUCACAAAAUCGUCCACCAAACUGACUUUUCCACAUUUUUUAAAGACGUUCAAACGGUCAAAGUUGAUCUCAAACUCUGAGCUCAGUGUGAUUAAAGCUGAAAUGUGACGUCUGCUCUGCGGUGACUCUUGUUUGAAUUGAAUGUUUCUGUUAGCUGUGGCAUGUUUGUCUACGUUUACCUCUGUGUACAUAAGCUUGUAUAUACUCCGCCCUGUAAAUAAAACAUUUUUGAGUAGAAA